AUGUUUCGCCCAAGUCCGGGUGAAACACUUCGAGCCUGGCUGUUAUCCGCACUUGUAGUUCAUGGAGCCGUUGCUGGAAAUCCGGAUGCUAAACGUCUUUACGAUGAUCUUUUAUCUAAUUAUAAUAAAUUAGUUAGACCGGUUGUUAACACGUCUGACGUUUUACGUGUUUGUAUCAAAUUAAAAUUAUCACAACUUAUCGAUGUGAAUUUAAAAAAUCAAAUAAUGACAACAAAUCUUUGGGUCGAACAGUCUUGGUACGACUAUAAACUACGUUGGGAUCCGAAAGAGUAUGGGGGCGUACACAUGUUACACGUACCAUCGGAUCACAUAUGGAGACCUGAUAUCGUUUUAUACAAUAACGCUGAUGGUAACUUCGAAGUAACACUUGCAACAAAGGCAACAAUAUAUCAUCAAGGACUCGUCGAAUGGAAACCUCCGGCUAUAUAUAAAUCCAGUUGUGAAAUUGAUGUCGAAUAUUUUCCAUUCGAUGAACAAACGUGUGUAUUAAAAUUUGGUAGUUGGACUUAUGAUGGUUUUAAGGUCGAUUUACGUCACAUGGAUGAAAAAGCAGGUUCGAACGUUGUCGAAGUUGGCGUCGAUCUUUCGGAAUUUUACAUGUCUGUCGAAUGGGAUAUACUAGAAGUACCUGCCGUCAGAAACGAAAAAUUUUAUACGUGUUGCGACGAACCGUACCUUGAUAUCACGUUCAACAUAACCAUGAGACGUAAAACAUUAUUUUACACGGUUAACAUAAUAAUACCCUGCAUGGGAAUUUCAUUUUUAACCGUUUUAACAUUCUACUUACCGUCCGACAGCGGUGAAAAAGUGACGUUGUCUAUAUCGAUACUCAUUAGCCUUCACGUGUUUUUUUUACUAGUCGUCGAAAUUAUACCUCCUACGUCACUCGUCGUACCUCUUCUGGGAAAAUAUUUAAUAUUUGCCAUGAUUUUAGUUUCCAUAAGCAUAUGCGUUACCGUCGUCGUUCUUAACGUUCAUUUCCGGUCACCUCAAACACAUAAAAUGGCGCCUUGGGUUAAACGUGUUUUCAUUCACAUACUUCCAAGACUUUUAGUUAUGAGGAGGCCACAAUAUCAAUUCGAACCGCACAGGUUCAUGUCUAGAAGAGUUGUUGUACAUACGGUUAAAGGUAAAGAAGUACAAUCUUCUUAUUGUCCGUAUCCAUAUCAAACAACAGCAUCGACGGAAGAAUCAAAAAUAUCCGAUACAAUAAGUACAGUUACAAGACAAAGGACACUUUCAAAGGAAGAUUUUUCUCCAGAAAGUUUAAUCGAUGGGGGACCAGUUUUUGGCGGAAGUUGUCAAAUACACGGACCACCACAAUCAGAAACAGAAGAAUUAUCAUUAUCGGGACUCAGCGAUGGUGAAGAAAUAAAAAGUCCAACAAUUAAAAAUCCUGCCUUUUCACAUUCUAUGUGCCCUUCAGAAAUACACAAAAGUUGUUUUUGCGUUCGUUUCAUUGCCGAACAUACAAAAAUGUUGGAAGAUUCGACAAAGGUCAAAGAAGAUUGGAAAUACGUGGCAAUGGUUUUGGAUAGACUGUUCCUUUGGAUUUUCACACUCGCCGUUUUAGUUGGUACGGCUGGAAUUAUUUUACAAGCUCCGACAUUAUACGACGAUAGAAUACCGAUAGACAAACAAUUUGCAGAAAUACAAACGUCGACGGUCAUUCGAUGUCCGCCGCAGUAG